CGAGCCCAGUGCAUGAUGGAUAGAAUUUACGAUUUCUAUGUUACGAAAACUUAAUGCAAAAAAAUAUACAAUAGUUUAAUAAUACAACAUUAAACUAUGAACUUCUUUAUUAAACUAUAACUUAAUAACUAUACAACAGUUUUUACAAAAUUGCUUCGUAUUUAGUGUUUCCGUAACUAUGAUUUGCGAUUAAAUCGUUAUCACUGUUUUCGUUUGUUAGCAGUUAAACAUAAGCGUAGCAUGCUUGCAGCUAGUUCAGCAAUAAAAUAUGUUUUUGAUACUGCUGAAACGUACUUCCUUCGCGCUCGAGAAAUAUUCACUAAAGCAUUGCUGACAAGAAGUGAAGAGAAACCCCUACACCAAUCACAGGAACUAAACCUUUUGUAUGAUGAAGCUCUACCUGAAACAAAACGCUACGCAUGUGAGACCAAGACCAGUACUAUUUGUUCUCAUUCAGUUUGUACACCUUGUCGCCUCUGUUUCAAAUGUACCCAAAGAGUGUCUGAAUGCGCGAAACACACAGUAGCAUGUGUAAUCUAUUUACUUUGCUACCCAUUUAUUCCUUGCGUGGUUGCCAUACUACCAAGCUGUUGUCAAAUACCUGGGUAUGCAAAUGUGAAUCCGCUGUAUUCUUGCUGGGGAGCCAAUUGCUGCACGUGUCCAAAUUGCUCCAAUGAUACGGACCACAGGAUUUGCAGCUACUGUAGAACUCAGAAUUGCUACUUGUUAUUUAUUUCAAUCUUGCUUGUGAUACUGUGUGUGGGCAUCUGGACUGGCCUACAAGACUCUGAGGUUAUAGUUAAUCUUCUGUUCUACUUUGAAAGUGUCAACAAAGCUCAAUCUCUAUUGUUAUUCGUACUUCUUUUCACCCUAGUAUCUUUCCCUAUGAUGUGGGGUUAUCUACCUCUAAACCUCACAGUUGGUUACAUCUAUGGGUUUUUAAUCGGCAUCCCAGUUGUAGUGUUUUCCGUCAGUGUUGGAGUGACUGUCGCCCAUAUCGUAUGCAAAAAGUACAUGUCCACCUGUGUUUUAAACCUGUUGAGAAAACGCUCUAAUUUUGAUCAAAUUGAAGCCACCCUGCAAGUGAUCGCUGGACCAUCUGGGCUCAAAGUUAUCGCACUAACCAGGCUAACACCAAUUCCUUUCGGAUUUCAAAAUGGUUUAUUUUCCGUAUCCAAUAUUGACAUGAAAAGAUAUCUUAUUGCUUCAAACCUUGGUCUUCUACCUACUCAAGUUUUAAACUGUUAUAUUGGAUCUACUUUCCGGUCAAUUGAACAGUUGGUUGAGCAAGAAAAUACAUCUGGUUACCUUAUUUUUCUUAUACAGAUUGUCAUAGGUGUUUGCUUGAUGAUGUUUGUUUUGCGUCAUGCUCGUAAAGAGUUAGCAGUUGCAUUGCAAAGUAAUGUUUUAACGGUGAAUAGCAGUUGUCCCGAAACAUUGCCACUAUCAGAAGAGCUCAUUGAAGUAAAAUGCAGCCAACCGCAACCUGUUUCACCUAUUAGUGUUAAUGAUGUCACCACUCCAUUACUCAUAAGCUAAUGUUGCUUUGUUAUAUUAUAUUAACUUUCUAUGCUGUCAGCGUUUUUGGUACUAAGUGUACACUUACAGCUAUAAGUGCAAUUUCCCAUACAGGCACAAAAUAGGAUAAAGUUUCUGAAAUAACUAUUAGUUGUAACUUGUAAGGGUUUAGAGUUUCACAUCUUGUUUUAUGGUGCUUAUAGAAGUGAAUGGUAAUUUUAAACGUGCCUUGUUAGACUGUCUUUUAUUUUAUUGUUGAAGCGUUAACAACAAUAUAGCCUAUAUAAUACUUUAUUGUACUGUGAUUCCCGCACUUACCGACCGCUAAAAUGUAGCAUCGUUAAGACUGGCUGAAAUAUGGUAUUGUUAUUUGGUGACACAGAUUCCCCUUAUUUAAUCAAGUGUUUGUUUUCUUGAAACCCAUAUUCUAUAAGACUAAACGCUGCGUUUUUAAUGCCGAAUUGGCAGGCGUUUCCUUAUUUCUUCAUACCCAUUAAAUAAAUAUAAUUAUACGAGUUGUUUUUAAGUAUAAACUAAAUAAAUGAAUGUAUCGUG